AUGAUGAUUAUUCAGUCAUUUAUCUUGUUUUAGAAAGUAACCAUUUUUUGGGUCUGUUUGCAUAUAGUUGAUGUAAAAAGUAGGGAUGGGCGUUUUGAUAGCAGUGUUAGACAAAUCUCAUCUCUGAAGACAUUUUAGUGCCAAAUUUGGGAUAAAUUUUUCACUUUUCAGUCUCUUUUUUUUUUUUUUUGCUUGUUUAAAUCAUAUGUUUAGAUUAGCCUGUCGUUGUAUUUAACAAGAUGAUGCAAAAGCAUCAAAUUGUAUUCUCCGGACAUUCCCGAAGGCAGAAGAGCGAAGAAUGAGCCCAAAACAUUUUAGUGGCGAUUAAAGAAAUAUUCCUGGAAAAAAAAAUCGUACUUCUAAUCACUGCUGUUAAGUUUGUUGCAUUUUUAACAGAAUCAGGAAAUGUUGUCAAUGAGUUUUGGUGCAGUUGACAAAAUAUCAUUGGUAUUUUGUUGUUGGCUUCUGAUGCGGCAGUGACCCACCAGAUUGACGCUGCGUCACAUAUAUUUCUGCUCACCGUGACUAUACAAUCCUACAAGUUCAUGGACAUGAUAUCAGAGGUCUAAUUGUUGUUCCUGCGCCUGUUUCUGCUCGUUUCGAGUAUUACACUUGCUGCUAAUUUAGACGAGUCUAAUGUAGUAAUACCACUCUUGGCCUUUUGGCAGAGUUCUGUUCUCCAGCAAUUGUAGUCUACCUGGCAUGUCUUCCUGUACAUCGCUCACCGGGUGCGGCGUUGUGCCGACCGGUCUCGUGUGAACACCUGUGGCGCUAUGGCACUAACUCGGGCAAACGGCCCUCACAUCUCUUCAGCGCGAGACCACAAUCCAGACACUCUGUAGCUGUGCUUGCCCAGACUUGCCGCCCCGUAUUCGCCCCCCACAGCAGAUUCCUGGCAUGCCAUAGUAACCUGCUGGAUCCUCUUUUAGACCCCCCGCACCCCCCAAAGUCUAUCCUUCGGCUUCCUCCUUAGCUAGCAGCUCUCUUCUACAUGUUACUUGGUUUCUUUGUGACUGAACACAGUGGCACAGCUCCAAAACAUGCCAGGGGAGGAGCUCCAGCUAUGUGGAAGAUGAUGACGUCCCCGGCAGAACCAGAAUAGAAGUCCAAUCAGACCUUACUUUUCAAACGAAGACGAUAAUAAUAGUGUGUGAUGGAAUAUGACCCCGUUGUGUUCGACAUACCUGCUUAAACGAUGCCACGCAUUGUGUUAUAAUAAGCCACUGAGCGCUUCGGUUCAUUCUGGGCCGACACGGUUUUAGAAUGUUUCCAGCGCGGGGGAGGCAUGUUGGCGAGAUGGCGGCGUCCUCUACUUUAAUAGCGUGGCAACACACGAGUUCAGCCGAGAGGAAGGCCACGCCGUAAACGGCAAUUGAGGACAUUUGUCAUCUUGACACGAGGUGCUCAAUUACAAGCUUUGCAGAUCAUGUCCGCGGAUUCGUUUGGCGCCGGCAGCAGCGAUGCCCAGCAGACUCUUCAGUCCUUCUGGCCUCGCGUCAUGGAGGAGAUCCGGAACCUGACUGUGAAGGACUUCCGCGUGCAGGAGUUGCCUCUGGCUCGAAUCAAGAAAAUCAUGAAGCUGGAUGAGGAUGUGAAGAUGAUCAGUGCCGAGGCACCGGUGCUGUUUGCCAAGGCGGCGCAGAUCUUCAUCACGGAGCUCACCCUCAGAGCAUGGAUCCACACGGAGGACAACAAGCGACGCACCCUACAGCGCAACGACAUCGCCAUGGCGAUUACCAAGUUCGACCAGUUUGACUUCCUCAUUGACAUUGUCCCCCGAGAUGACCUGAAGCCCCCGAAGCGACAGGAGGAGAUGCGUCAGACGGUGGCCCCGGCAGAGCCGGUGCAGUACUUCUUCACCCUGGCGCAGCAGCCCGGCGCCGUGCAGGUGCCGGGCGCGCAACAGGGCCAGCAGGCCGGCGCGCAGACGGCCGCCACCAUCCAACCCGGGCAGAUCAUCAUCGCGCAGCCGCAGCAAGGACAGAUGCUUCAGGGGGCCACCAUGCAGCAGUUACAGCAAGUGCAGGUGCAAUCACAGAACACGCCCAUCACGAGCGCUCCCGUGGCCAUGCAGGUGGGUGACCAGCAGGUGCAAAUUGUGCAGGCGGCGGGGGGUCAGGCACCGACGGCCCAGGCCCAGGGCCAGACCAUGCAGGUCAUGCAGCAAAUCAUCACCAACACGGGCGAGAUCCAGCAGAUUCCGGUGCAGCUCAAUACAGGCCAACUGCAGUACAUCCGCCUGGCCCAGCCCGUCUCUGGCGCACAGGUGGUCCAAGGACAGAUUCAGACCCUCGCCAACACGCAGCAGAUCACACAGACCGAAGUGCAACCGGGACAGCAGCAGUUCAACCAGUUCACCGACGGACAGCAGUUGUAUCAGAUCCAGCAGGUGACGGUGCCGGCCGGUCAGGAUUUGAGCCAGCCCAUGUUCAUUCAGUCCACCAGUCAAACGGGAGAAACGCAGGUCACGCAGGUCACCAGCGACUGAGCUCCCGACUGACCACCUCGUCCAAAACCAGGCCCUGCCUCAGCCUCUUUUUUUUUUUUUUUUUUUUUUGUGUACAGUAGCGCCUUGUCUUUGUCACACGCUUUCGGCUGUGCUCCCGUCUGCCAUUUUACGGGAUUAGCCAUAUAUCUCACACGCACACACCAGGGCUGUGCAAAAUUCUGAAUUUCAGUGUGACUUAAAAAAAACAAAAAUAAAAAAAAAAUGCUACCCAUCCAUCCAUCUUCUACCGCUUAUCCGGGGCCGGGUCGCAGUGGCAGCAGCGUUAGCAGGGAAGCUCAGACUUCCCUCAAGCUACUUCUUCCAGCUCUCCCCGGGGGAUCCCCAGGCGUUCCAUUUCGGCCGCUUGUAUCCGGGAUCUCGUUCUUUCGGUCACAACCCAUAGCUCGUGACCAUAGAUGAGGGUUGGAACGCAGAUCGACCGGAUAAAUUGAGAGCUGAGCCCUCUGGCUCAGCUCUUUCUUUACCACGACAGACCGAUACAACGUGCUACCACUUUAUUAUAAUAAAGUCUACAUGAGUCCUUAGAAUAAUAUUUGUACAACAUUCAUGUCAUAAAUAGUCUUACACACUGAUUUUGCAUCAGGAAUUUCUUUCAGUUGAAUGGAAUCUGAAUUCUACUUCCCGCUAUUUGAAUUUCAGUUGCAAUUCUGCGGCCAGUUUGCCACCUCAAUUCCAAUUCAAGCUCAAAUUUAAGGACUGAAUUGGAAUUUAGGGGUCGGUUUUAAUUCAAUUCUGAAUUUUGCACAGCCUUCGGACACGCAUGCACGGAGGAGGAGCAUCAGCAGUUACAAUUAACACCCUUAUUUUUUCUUGGGUGUCUUUUUUUAGUGCUGCCUCUUUGCCUUUAACAGCGUUUCAUCCUUUUUUUUUUUUUUUGUACAGUAAUUGUCAGCGAUUGUCCUCAUUUGUUUUUGUGCAUGUGGUCCAAACUGCAGCAUGCGUGACAUGCGGUAAGAUAGGUACAAUUUUAUUUUUGGGAUGUUUUGUAAGCAAAUUUUGUUGGUGACCAAAAAAAAAAUGUAAAGAAAAACCCUUAAACAUUUUUUAA